AUGGGGCACUCUGUUGUCGGAGACUUCGCCUUUAACUUCAUUAAUACUGCAUUUAAGCUUUCGAAUCAUGCUGGUCGUGUGCACGAAAGCGAGUCGGAUCGUGGCGCGUUUGAGGGAACGAUUGAAGGCGUACGCCGCGAUCUGACAGAAGUAGAGCGUCUUCUGGUACUUGAUUCUGUCAAAGGAAGACUCAUAAAUACACCAGGAAGAUUAUCAUAUAUUCAAGGCAUAUUUUUCAAUGCGAAGAAGACGCUUCACGAGAUUGAAACGAUGAAAGACAGUACCAGAUCAGAAAAUGCGGUGACCAAAAGAAUGUCAUUUGAAAAUCGUUCGCGAUGGGUUUUCAAUGAUCAUGGAAAAUUGGUAAAUCAGGAAUUGAAACUAUCUACUUGCCAGCAAGACCUAUCUUCAUUGCUAGCUCUUCUCAUUGCACUUAAUCAGACACAUUCUACGACGGCACAGAUCUCUUCAACGAAAGAACCUGAAACUUUGGAACCCGAAGUCUCGAUGUCAUUAGAUGACUUAAUAAGUCUGUGGCAGAGAAGAAAGAUAGCUCGAGAAGCUGGAAAAGGUUCGAAGGAAUUAUCUCGUGGUAUGAACCGUGACAGUUUCGAGGCUACUUUGCUAAUGACUUUCAAGAUUCAACAAAAGAGGCACCAUUGCCAGUACUAGCAUCCUCUAUCGAAUCGUCGCUUCAUCAUCGACCUCUACGAGUACCACGAAAGAAGGUUGGAUCUGGGCUUGGGUCGCCAAAGGAAGUAGCUCCACCACUACCACCGAGGGCUGUCAAGUCAAAAACAGAAGCCAGCCAAAGAACAAUGACUGAUUCAAAUCAUCGCCGAACUUCACGAGGCUCAGAGACUUCAGAGUCAUCCAACCCCGCAUCUUCAGAGAGCUCUGAAAUCACCAGGCCCUCGAUUUCCAUUUCCUCGAUAUCUUCGGGGAUGUAUUCUCCUGAGAGAACAAUCAUAUCUUUAUCUACGAUAUCAGAUAGAGAUGAUAGCCCAGAGAUUACAGAAGUGAUAAAACCCCAUACACAUAAGUCAAAUUCGUCCAAUAUCAUCCCUACCCCGGUAUCAAAACCAGCCAGCUCAAUGAUUUAGCCAUGGACACCACAAGAUACAAACUCGGAUUUACGUAAAACACAAGAGAAAGGGACAUCCCGACCACGGCCUUUCCACUUACUGAAUAAAACGUCGCUACAACCCAAGAUACUAUCUAUAGGUUACCCACCAGUCUUCUCGCCAUCAAAGUCGCCUGAAAUAGCAAAACUUGCUACCCCAAGUUCCAAAUCUCAUACGCGAAAUCAUUCUGCAUCUUUGACGACCCUCCCCGUACCUUCCUAUCCCUCCUUACGCCAACGAAGUCUUAGUGCAACCAAUCUCCUUGGUCCUAUCAACCCUUUCGAAUACACACCAGAUAGUGAACCUUCAAGUCCAGAACCUGAACAAAAUAACACUACUGGAAGUUUGCGGGCUCCUGCCCAGAAAUCGAUAAGGAGCGGAUCUAUGUCUGGAUCUCAGCAGGAUAGAAAUAGCGCGUCCGAACUUUUACGAGCACAGUCGAAAAAGCGGAAUUCUCUUGAGAUGCCGAAAAGACCUCUGAUGAAACCGAAUUCUUUCAACCGGGCAAUGGAAUUACCGACAGGGUUUUUGUCAUGGAAAACAGUAUCCACGUCCCCACCAAUUCAAAAUCCCCUAGCAAAAACCAUGAGAAUCGAAGAGCAGGAUAACUCAGGACUGGCUAUCAAUGGAGAUCAUGGAGCCAUCGAGUCGUCCCAGAAUCCACCUCCAGAAGUAGUCGACACAGCAUAUCUGUUCAAGACCCCCCAUCCAUCCGCCCGACCACUGCACCUCGUGCAACGAAACCACCUAAAUAAGCAUGCCAUGUCAUGGCCCGUCAUCCCGAGGAAUGCGCACGAACUACCGUCAAACGAACGGCCACCCUCAAUGAUGUUUACCAAUCAGUUACCUGCGCAAGUCCAAACCCCCACCUCCACGGAGACAGGCUUUAUGCCUGAUGGAAAGGGCUGGGAUUUGAGGAUCCCUGAUUUCAAUGGGGGGAGGACGCAGACGGUGGCGGAGGGGAGACGGAGGAAUAGGAGAGCGCUGAUGGAUUUGAUGGAGAGGGGAAGCUACGGUUGA